UCUGGGGAUUUUGGGUACAGUAACGCCAGCUCCGUGGCUUGCUCAUGUUGCUUUUACCUUCUUGCCUAAAUCGCAGCUGCUCUGGGCUGCUCUUGUUAAACUUGCAAAGAGCAUAAUGGAGGAUCGAUUGGAGAGGGACUCAGCAAAGACGGACGCUAGCUACUGGAUGAUCGAGGCGGAGCGGAGAACAGACGAUACAGUCAGUAUAAAUAACCUCUACGGAGAUGCAUUCGCCAUGAUCAUCGCUGGAAGCCAUACCAUCGCAACGACCCUGAUUUUCACACUCAAAGAGCUCGCCGAUGAUAUAAAUAUGCAGGAAACAGUGCGCGCAGAGAUCGACACGCUGCGCGCGUGGGAUGAUAUCGAGGGUCUGGCGGAACUGACCAACCUGAAUGCAAUCCUGAACGAGGUCAUGCGCCUAUACCCUGUUGUCCCAACAGGCGGCAUCAGGAUGACGACAGACGAGCCCAUCACCAUUGGCGAUACCGUCAUCCCACCGUACACGACAAUAGUAGCGCCGCGAUACACCAUCAGUCGCCUUGAAAACGCUUUUGAGCGCGCCUCAGAGUUUGUGCCAGAGCGGUGGACAACCAAGCCUGAGAUGGUCAAAGACAAGCGCGCCUUCAAUCCCUUUAACAACGGCCGUCAUUCUUGUCCUGGCAAGAACUUGGGCCUCUUGGAGGUGCGCCUCUGCCUGAGCAUGCUUCUCUCGAGCUUCAAUAUUCGUUACGCUACAGGCGAGGAUGGCAGCCACGUAUGGGCCGACAUGACGGAUUCCUUCACUGCUAAUCCAGGCGCAUUGAAACUUACAUUCACAUCACGAGAAAAGGCAGCAGCAUAGUAGCACGAAAAUAGUCGGAAAAAUUGGAUUUACUUGUAUUCAGCUCGUGUAUCGCUGGAAAAGGAGGGUAGUGCCGCUCGCAAUAUAUUUAUAAACCGAAACAAAGUCGAGGGAAUGCAGCAAGACAAGCGCUCAGAUCAGUUCCAUAGGCCCUGUCAUCAGGCAAAUCGUACAAGAACUAAAUCCUUGUGCCUAUUGAAUAUCUAUUCUGCGAUACGCUACAGCAGUUAUCUC